AUGUGGCUUAGUGGUAGAGGACUUCCCUACCAUCCAUGAGGCCAUGGGUUCUAUCCCCCAGCACUGCUCAAAAAGAAAAGGAAAAAAGAAAAAAGGACAAGGAAUUAAUUAGAAUAAUGUAGAACAAAAUCGGACUGGAGGAGUGUGAAGGGCAGACAGAAUUCUGAUUUGUGGGUAUGGUGGGACUAAGAAUUGAGGAGGGCAUAAAAAUAUUUUUAGGAAAUUAGAUAAAUGCAAGCCAUAGGAUGACAACUGUUGAAAAUGAUGCCAGGAAGAAUUCUUGGGUGGAACGGGAUGUUUGUAGAAAGGGGGUGCAGAUACCAUUGAGGGGGAUCCUGGGAGGACAUGUAUAUGCCUCAGACUGAGUUCUGUCAUGGGAAAGUGUGCAGAUGAAAGAUAAUGAUGUCUGCAUUGAACAUAUACCUAAGAAAGGCCAGGGCAGGGGGUUCUUGGGAAGAUCCAUGAGAAGUCAUGAGGUGAAAGCUGAGUCCAGAGUGGUCAGGCUGGAGACUCAUGGUGUGGCCUCUUCAAGGCAGAAGGGUUAGGUUAGGGUUACUUAGGGGAGGGACCACAUGCCCAUCCUGAACUGCCACUCCUGCCCCUAGAUCCAUGGAACCCAGUGAAACACCUGCUGUACACCACUGCCCUGCUGACUCUGUCCUGGGAGGUGAGACCAGAGCCCCCCAGAGCACAGAGCUUAUCCCCAGAAGAGCUGUCAGUCGCUCUCCAACCUGUGCCCGCUGCCGCAACCAUGGUGUCACUGCCCACCUCAAGGGCCACAAGCGCCUCUGCCUCUUUCAGGCUUGCGAGUGUCACAAAUGUGUCCUUAUCCUGGAGCGCCGAAGGGUCAUGGCUGCUCAGGUCGCCUUGCGCAGGCAGCAAGAGGCACAGCUAAAGAGGCAUCUGGCUCAGGGACUGAUGAGGAGAGGAACAGCCCCUCUCAAAGCUCCCACCCGUGUCAAGAAAGGAGCCACUCGACCAGGGGUCCCCUCUGGAAAGGAGAACAUAGCACCCCAGCCUCAGAGCCCCCAUGGGGCAGUCCCACUGGCACUGACACCUCCUGGGAAGGAGAACUCCUGUGGGCCUCUGCUGCUCAGCCGUCCCCCAGAAGCCUUACCUUUACCCUGGACUCCAGUGCCUCCUGGCCCUUGGGGACCAGGGCACUGGCUGCCUCCAGGCCUCUCCAUGCCACCUCCAGUGGUAUGCCGCUUGCUAUGCCAAGAACCUGCUGUCCCUCUACAUCCCUUCCCUGGCUUUGACCCUGGCACCUCCCUCCGGCUGCCCACCCACGGGUCCCUCCCAACCUUCCCAGGAUCUCGCUCAGUACUGACAGCUCCUCUUUCUGGAGAGCCCCAAGGGCCCCCUAGCCUGCCCCACACAUGCUCGACUCUGAUACUCCAGUCCUGUGGCACCCCAGACUCUCUUCUGCUACAGCCACAGGCCCCUGGAGCUUCUCGCCUGGCCUGGACAUCUGCCCCCUCAGAGCGGCAGCUGCAGCGGGAGGCAGCUGAGGCCCUGGUGGGUCUGAAAGAUUCAUCCCAGGCUCCCCGCCUGACCCCUUCUGUCCCCCCCAACCCUGCCUGGAUCUCCCUGCUCCACCCCUGUGGCCCACCAGCUCCUGCUGGAGGAAGAGGAUUCCAACCUGUCGGCCCCUCUCUCCGACCCAGCCCAGCUCCUUCAGUUUCUCUGCAUAUUGGGCGCCUGGGGUCCAUCUCCCUUCUGAGUUAAAAGCCCAGAGGUGGAGGCUGCCUCACUGGGGCAGGAAACCAAUAGCCCAUAGGCACUGCAUAUUUGGUAUUUUACUUACAGAUUUUUGCAUGGAAUUUAAUAUAGUACAAGCUUCAGGAUUUUUUUUAAAGCUUUCAGGUGCUUUGUUAGCUUUCAGUUCCUUUUAUAGUGUGGGCAUUUCCCUGGCCAAAGAUGGAUAUUUUCAUACCCUUCCUUGGGUCUUAGGAUCUUUUUAAAUAUCCAAGAAACAAAGAGUUGUGCAGUUUAAGCUGACCAGUAUCUAAAUACUUUUCUGCAUGAGUUCAUGUUCUGUAUAUACCUAUGUACUCAUGUCUGCUCCAUGCAUAUGAAAACAGGAGAGUACUUUCAUUAUGUGUCUAGGUUUGUGUGAAUAAGCAAAAAAUAAACAUUUGUUGUUUUAAGUACUGA